GAAAGAUACAUAAACAAAACAGUCACUUCCCGAAGGAUGAAAUGAAAAUUAAACUUCUAUGAACUUCAAAUAAAACACAUCGACUAAUAGAAUGGAUCCAUCCAAAGAAAUAUCGGUAAUUAUCUUUUACCUUGGAUUCUGUGUCAAAAUGGUUACCGGCAUCCAAUGGACAACAGGCCGGUUCUUUGCAACACCUAAUAUGAAUGUUAAACUAUUCUAGGCAUACAAUUCUAGGCAUUCGCACGUGGAAUCAUUGUCUACUGAUGUGCGCGCACGCCCGAAUAUGUAAAGGAUUUAACUACCAUGAGGUUUCCUCCAGAUGUGAAUUAUUUGAAACCGUGAACUGUACGAAACUUGACAGCUUGGCAGGAUGGAGAUUUGGUCGGAUUAAAACUGAUCAGACAGAAACACAGACCUACACAAAUAUAGCGUUAAAUAAACCAACGUAUCAAUCGACCACUUCUAGAGUAUCUGGAAAAGCCGUAGAUGGUAAUAGAAACGGGAAUCUUCAAUUAUAUAAUUCAUGUUCACAUACAUUAACCAACACCAUCGUAGAGCCAUGGUGGAUCGUUGACCUGGGAAAGUCAUAUAAUUUGUUCCAGAUUGUCAUAUGGAAUCGUUUAGACUGCUGUGGGCAUCGACUUCACGAUUUCGCGAUCGAGGUUAACUGCGAAUUUGAUGGAUCAAACUCUGAUAGCCCAUCGUGGUCUAGAGCAUAUCUACACGAUGGAACGCCAUCAAGCAACCCGACAAUAAUUUCAUUCCCAGAGUCCUCUAUUGGGAGAUUCGUCAAGAUAAAGAACGCUGUAGUUAAGUCUGCAGAUCCAAACAAUGACGUUUUGGCGCUGUGUGAGGUGGAAGUUUAUGUCAAGCAAGAAAACUGUGAUUGUGAACUAGGGAAACUUAAUUCCUAACGCAGGGCGUAUGCAUGUUUAGCUUAAUAAUGAACAGGCGCAUUGUGAAAUGAUUUUAGUUGACUCCAGUUGAAUUAGCACAGGAUUUCAUUCUGUGGCUUCAUUAAGUAAAUUGUACAACCUUUUCGAACUCGCUUCGCUCGCAGUGAUGCAAACAAAAACAUCACACCCC